ACCGUUAACAAGAAGCGCAAACUUGGCGGAGGUUGUCGUUGUGUCGGUGCUUUGGGGCUGGAGCUGUUGCUUGGCAGUGCGCGCGCAGUGUCUCGAGGGAGCGCAGGAAAUAGAAGCGGGCAUGCGCCAACGCGCGCGCUACACUUCAGCUGUACACGAGCGCCGAGCGCAGCGUCACGCGGACACGGAGCUGCUCGCGGACAGCUGGCAUGCAACCCAAGUUGGAAGGAUAAAACGGGGUUUCGUGGUCUCGCGCGUUCAGGUCGAGUUUUUCAUGAGCCAUGCUUGAGUUUUGAGGAAGACUGAAAGGAGACUCGCUGAGUUACAGAGUAGAAGGACUUUCUGAGCACAAUGAAGACAGUUAAGGCUCCAGGCUUAGGGCCAUACUCGAUAGGCCAUGGACUGUAAGGUGAUAGACGGAGGCAGAAGGUGUCUGCGCUGGGCCACCAUGAGGCUGCCAUACAUCUUCAUGUUCCUGCUGCUUUUCAGCGCCGGAGGUUUGCUGCUCCUGCUGCACUUACAAUACCUCACAGAAACCCUCCAUGAACAGGCUCCAGGUGGAAAGCUUAUAUUCCCACAACAGCGGCCGGACCAGUGCCCUUAUUGUCUAGACAAUAACACACACACCUCUAGUCCAAAAGGUCGAAAAAAGCUCAGUCGUGUUCGCCCAGUAAAACUCUGGACUCAGCGCUCUCCUGUCGCUCACCCCAAAGGCAUUGCACCUCAAAUCACCAAGAACUAUCGCAAGCUCCUUCUGAAGAACUCAGCCCUGCUUCUGCAGCUCAACAGCACUCCUGCUGGCCAGGCUUCCAAUCACAUCCAAAGGUUGACCCAAAUACAGCAGUCCCGCCGCAAGCUGAUGAGAGACGUGUGUGCCAAAUACAGAAGCCUCACGAGGACCAUAAGCCGCAGGCAGGUGUCCCGCAUCUAUGUAGAGGACACACACAAGCUCCUGUACUGCGAGGUGCCCAAGGCAGGCUGCUCAAACUGGAAGCGUGUACUGAUGGUCCUGCAGGGCCAGGCGUCCUCCACAAGGGAGCUCCGACACGAACAGGUGCAUUAUGCAAACCACUUAAAGCGACUGGACUCCUUCGAUCACAAACAGAUUGCCCAUCGCCUGAAUACCUACACUAAAGUACUCUUCCUGAGGGAGCCCUUCGAGAGGCUUGUCUCAGCUUUUCGGGACAAGUUUGAGAGCCCAAACUCAUACUAUCACCCAGUGUUUGGGAAGCCCAUCAUCGCCAAGUACCGCGCUAACGCGUCGAGGUCAGCCCUGCUUACUGGAGAGGGUGUGACCUUCAAAGAGUUCAUCCAGUACCUGCUCGAUGUUCGGCGUCCUGUGGGGAUGGAUAUCCACUGGGAGCGCGUGGUGCAGCUGUGUAGCCCCUGCCUCAUAAACUACGACUUCAUUGGCAAGUUUGAGACAAUUGAAGAGGAAGCCAAUUUCCUCCUCAGGCAUAUCGGAGCGCCUGCUAACCUGACUUUCCCCAGCUUUAAAGACAGGAACCCGAAUGCAGCCAGGACAUCCUCACGCAUUACACAGGAGUAUUUUUCUCAGCUGAGUUUAAACCAGAGGCAGAAAACCUAUGACUUUUUCUAUAUGGAUUAUCUAAUGUUCAACUAUUCCAAGCCAUUCUCAGAUUUACACUGAGGAGUUUGGGAAUGUAUAGACUGAGAACGUUUCAAUUGUUGGUCUAUUGUUUGUGUUGUACUUCCUUCUAAUUAUUCAUUAUUUUCUUUAUUUAAUUUCUCUUUUUAAUGUAAUUCAUCUGUUUAUUUAUUCUGGUUUAGGCCAACUGGUUUGUGCAAGCCUACACUACUCUGUCAGAUCUCAUAAACAUGGACAUUAUCACUCAAUUUGCACUCACUUUCAGUAACCACUUCAUCCUGAUCAGGGUCGCAGUGGAUCCAGAACCAAUCCCGGGAACACUCGGUACGAGGCAGGAAAUACACCCUGGAUGGAAUGUUAAACCAUCUCAGGGCCAAAACAGGGAUAUUAUGAAGGAAUAAAACAUGAUGUGGUGUGCUGUUAUAGGAAAACAAUUUAUGACUAGGUAGUGUGAUGUGGCACAGUGCAAUCUUUUUUUUUAACAGCACAUCCCAAAGUGUUUAUUCCUCUUAUACCACAAUAUGUGCAAUGUCUGUGUAACAGAAUAGUUUCUGUAAUCAUUUACAUGAUAACAGCUAUGAACAGUUUUACCUCACCUAGCCUCUCUUUUUCGCUCUCUUGAAGCUAAUAAGAAACAAAAAAUUUCAGCUUA